AUGUAUGACCAGCUGGUCAUCAAAACAGGGAUCCGCAGGGAUCCUCACCCUCAUACAUUACUCAUACAUUACUGGCCUUAUAGACUCCACCAACUCAGUCAUGCCCAUGGAACAGAUGUGGCGCUAAGUCUCACUGCCUUCUAUAAUCGACGCAUAUCAGGGGAAAAAAAUUGGUUCCAUACUUACAGCUCUUUGCAUAUCGGGAUUGGCGUGAAAUUUCCUGGAGAUAUGGGAGAUGCAUAUGGUAUCAGAUCUGGGUCAAAUUUUUAUACAUGUCUUCUGGCAGAUAAUGAUCGAGGCUGGGUCUCGCGUUCGGUGGCCCUAUGUGACUUUGGACGGCGCCAGAAGGAGGAAAAGCGGCUGAAGCCUGGGGGAGCAGAUGCGUUGUCAGUAUCAUUAAGAAUUCACUGGGUCUUCAUGGAGAAGUUGUGUUGCGAUGGGCUGCUCGUCGAGAGAAUUCUCCAUGUGCUACCGUCCAUCAGCUAUUUUAACACAAAGACUGAGGGAGAAAGAAAUUAUUCAUCGAUCGAUGGGCUGAUCACCCUCAGGUGGAGUGUAGAUAUGCCAAAUGCGAGGGCCAAAGUUCUUGGAGUGCAGACUCCCAUAUGUACAAGAUUAGUAUCGGAGAUCAGCAUGGCUGUAUACGAAAUAUCAGCAAUUCUGUAG